UUCACUGCCACUACUUCCAUAUCCAAAAUUCAAUAGAUAUACCAGAAACACAACACAACCCAAACUCCCAUUCAAAAAUGGCUGCCAAAAUCUCCAUUUCAAUUAAUUCUUCUUCUUUAUCAGCAACCUCAUUAGCUACCAAGCUUCAUAUCCCACCAAAACCUUUUCCAUAUCAAUCCUUUUUCCCUCCAAAAACACACCCAACUCAUCGCCUCUUCAAACUUCAAGCCAAACUUGGAGGAGAUGAUGGUGAAGUCAUUAAAGAUUCAAAGAAGAAGUUCAUUACUAAAGAACAAGAACCCGAACAGUAUUGGCAAACGGCUGGGGAAAGGGAAGGGGAAAAUCCGAUGAAGACGCCCCUACCUUACAUUAUCAUUCUUGGCAUGUCUACACCAUUUAUCAUCUUAGCCAUUGCUUUUCUCAACGGUUGGAUCAAGACACCUAUUCGAUGAUUUUAACGAGUAUGAGAAAUUGAUAUGGGCAUGAUACAUUUCUUGAUCUUUUGGUUUAAGAUCGCGCAUAGUAUUUAAAUUUUAUGAGUUUAACAACAUGAAUUUGUCUAUUUCGACUUAUAUAUACAUGUAUUUUGUAUGAGGAAAAGAUAUAACAAAAUUUAUGAUUCAUGAGUUGUGAAUCCA